AUGAAGAGAACGCAAUAUGCCUGCGAUCAGUGUAGAAAGUCAAAGAGGGGCUGCGACGCUCCCCCGUUGGAGAUUCCGAGAAAUAUGGACCCUCUCCGCGAUGGCAAGAUGAUUGUGGGCGAGAAGCGUGAGAUCCCCCCUCCCCCCGCUUCAAAAUGUACCAUGAACUGGGCGUGGACGCAGAUUCAGAUCUCUUAUGCUCUCGCUGCGGCUGCGCGGGGCGAACCAGGUAUUGAAUGCAUUGUCCCCUCGAGGCGGGAUUCAACUUCUACACGACGAGAAUCGACAUCUACAGAGAAUACACGCGAUACACCGAAUUCUAUUGUCCCAGAUGAUAACCCUUUUGAUGCGCAAUCAGCCGCGCAGUCUUUUGUCUCGCAGUCUCUCCCUCCAGUGCCCGUCUUUUCAGAGAUCGACACCAGUCUAAACGUCCCCUCAUUUCUCGACAAUUCAUCAUCCCUCGAUGCGCUACCAUUUGACUUUGUGCCUGAACAGACAGAGCCUGUUGACUCUAAUUUCUACGGGAUUCAGUUCAAGGAUCUGACUGCACCUGAGGAACCGUUGAGUGAACCAUGGGAAUUCUUCAAAGACUCGACUGUCCCGCCUGAACUUCAAUUCGACGCUGCGUCAAUGUCGCAGUUCCCCACCGUGAGUCCCACGGAACCUGCACAGUCUCUCAUCGCAGUCAGUCCGAACAAUGAGAAGGACUGGCGGAGAACGAAACGGCGUCGUGUGUCGACUACAUGGAGCGAUACGCAGAGUAGUUCUUUAUCGUCCUUCACUAUGGAUCAGUCGAUGAUGACAAAGUCUAAUAACCUCAUGAUCUCGACGAAUUUGCUGCAGAUUUAUCACGAUGUCUUGGAGCAUAAUUUAUCGUGUUGGUUGAAUGAAGUGACGUGUCCGUUUGGGCGGCAGCAGAAGACUGUCUCUAAACCAGGGAAUCUUGCUGAAUGGGGAUCUUCAUGGACGAAUCGCGUUCUGCGACGGACUAUGAAUCUCGAUCGCGUGGCUCAAUCAACACAACUGAUUCACAUGACCCGCCAACAAGACUCAGCGACCGCCAAGGCUCUUCAUCUCUGCAUCAUGGCCUUCGCAACACAAUGGGCUCAAGGUUCACGACGGCACAGAGAACGAUAUCCCUCACUAGACGACAUCGCAGAAGAGAACCCACUAAACGAGUACAUGGACGACUUUAAAGAAGAAUUCGAUCGCCACCUUCAACGCAACAUCUGGGAUCAAGCACGUCGCGCGUUAGACGACGUCGCAGAUGUAGAAUCCUACCGCGUCGUCUGCGCAGAAAUGAUCUUUGGCCUCACCCAGAAGCCUCUUGAUCCUGAAAACACAGAGCACAGCGACGUCGAUACAUCGGGUUGUUUCGAGGACGUAUACGACAUGCAAUCCGUGGCCGACGAAAUCGCCAGCAUAAUCGAAAACGACGGUCCGCCAAUUUUCAUGGAGCGCGCGGCACGAAAGAUGCACACGCUAAAAUACCGCUUCGACGCUGAGAAAAAGGGUCUCACCAAAGGCCGCAAGCGCGCUAAUCUCGUGGCGUCGAUGAGCAGUGAAGAUGCGGGUACUGUGAGUUUGCUGUACUGGUUGACGGUGAUGUUUGAUACGGUUAGUUCGACGAUGAGUGAAAGGCCGCUUGUUGUUGUGGACGCGAAUAGUCAGCAUGAUGAUGCGCGUGGUGACACAGAUUGGAAUGUUCCGUUGUUUAUUCAGGAUAGUCUUGAGAAGCCGAGGCAGAAUGUGCAUUGGCCUUGUUCAUAUGAAGAGGCUGCUGAGGCGGUUACGAGAUCUGCGCCGGUCAAGGUGUUGAUGUUUCGACAUGUAGCCUAUUUGCAGAAUUUACUGAGACAGGGAGAGUCUGGGGAGAAGGUUGAGGAGUUUAUUGAACGGUCUGCAAGGGUUUAUCGCUACUGGAACACGACAUAG